AUGACCGAUUUGACUCCCAUAUUCAACCAAUGUGUGGCUAUAGUUCGAAAAGAGCUCAAUGCUACACCAUCUCCACACCAUUCAAGUCAGAAGGAUGCAGUAUUGGAAAUCCAAGAUACAUUUAGCGUAGAAUGCCGUGAGUACUAUCAUCAUCUAGUAGCACUAAAUGGUAUUAUAAGUGAUAUCAAAGUGCCCUAUGUUGCUGUAGGAGGAUCGCUGUCCAAGAAUGUGUUGAGUUUGGAAGACAAAAACAAAAUUGACGAAGAAAUGAGUUACAGAAUCCAACAGAUGUAUGAAAAGUUGAAGGUGCUUCAAAACUACGAAAAGAAACGACAGUCGGUUUCCGCCACAAACAAGACCAGCUGGCUUGGAGCCAUGUUUGGCGGAGAGGAGCAAGAAAAGAGGGACAAUUUUCAUGCCACAAUAAAUUUUCAUCGCACUCAGAUGCUCAAGACACUCAAUGAAUCGACCAAUAAUGUUGGCAAAAGAUUUGAACAAAUGCAGCGACAACGAUUGCAACGUGAGCGCCGACUCAACCUCCUCAAUUUCCAGAACUUAGGUGACGAUCUUGACUUUUAUCAUGACAAUAAACCCAUGCAUGGUGUCGCUGGUAGACUUCAUAAAACCCUUCACGAAAGUCUCAAUAAUAGCACCGACGAUCUCAAUGUAGUAGAUCUUGAACAAGAAGCGAGAGACCAGUCUCCUGGACUAACCCAGGAACAGCAGCAAGUGUUUGAAAAAGAAAAUAAAGAAUUCCUAGCGCUUAAAACCAACCAACUCAAACAGGUGGAAAAAUUACAACAUUCGAUGGUGGAUAUAAUUAACCUCCAAGCAGAACUCAGUUUCCAGCUAGAGGCUCAAUCAGAGCAAGUAUCUUUUAUGUUGGACACACAGAACCAAGUGGAUCUCGAUCUACGUCAAGGUAACCAAAACUUAACCAAAGCAACCGGACGCAACAAGAGAGGCGCUAAUUUUAUUGUUGCUACUUGCUGGAUCUUGGGUUUUCUUCUAUUAUUGUUAGACUUUAUAACUUGGUAA